ACGGUUAGUCAACUUGAAAUGACAUCUGAGACGGUUAGUCAUCUAGAAAUGACAUCUGAGACGGUUAGUUCUCUUGAAAUGACAUCUGAGACGGUUAGUCAACUUGAAUUGACAUCUGAGACGGUUAGUCAACUUGAAGUGACAUCUGAGACGGUUAGUCAACUUGAAAUGACAUCUGAGACGGUUAGUCAACUUGAAAUGACAUCUGAGACGGUUAGUUCUCUUGAAAUGACAUCUGAGACGGUUAGUCAACUUGAAAUGACAUCUGAGACGGUUAGUCAUCUAGAAAUGACAUCUGAGACGGUUAGUUCUCUUGAAAUGACAUCUGAGACGGUUAGUCAACUUGAAGUGACAUCUGAGACGGUUAGUCAACUUGAAAUGACAUCUGAGACGGUUAGUUCUCUUGAAGUGACAUCUGAGACGGUUAGUUCUCUU